ACCCGCCCUAUAUGUGUUCCACCGCCCCCAUCCACUGCAACAUUCAGGCAGGUUCACCUAAUGUGCUUGUGCAGGCUCGGUGACGCCGCUGCUGUACUGGGAAAUACUCGGUGAAUCGGGACCGCUCAGAGUUUCAAUCCAAACCUUAAUCGACACCUCUAUACUACAGACCCUGUAGAGCUGCGCGACAAAAAAUGGCAGACCCAAUGACCCAAUCUUCUCAGAUUUCGUCGUCACAAGGCCUAAACGAUGGACAUUCUGCAGCGUCUAAAGACUCAAAGUUUUCCGAUUCCUUUUUUUCUUCGCCUGUAUCUCUCAUUCAGUCUCCUCAAGACAAAAGAGUGGUAUUGGGCUCUGACAAGCCUUCAGAAAAUGUGGCCACCUCUCUUCGCUUUUCUUCUCAGUCAAGUUCCUUUUCUCCAGUUGUUUAUGGAACUGAAUCUUCAGGGUCAUCUGGUGACAACGUAGAUCGUACCUUCAAAGAGAAACGGGAGCUUUUUGAUUCACCUUUUAGCACUCAAAAUCAAGAGUCCCCUGUAAAGACAUCCCCAGUGUCUGAAAGAAUCAAAGCAUUGGAAGCAUUAGCUGCAAAGCAGAACGAUUUUGAUAGACAUGAUGGAGGCUUUCCACAUUUUAAAGAGCGUCAUUAUGAGAAGUCCCCUACAGAAUCGCAUGGAAUUUCCUCACGUUUGUCCUUUCAGAAAAGGACUGCAUCAAAUGAGCAGGAAUCUCCAGAAUCACCAUUUGAAGUGCUUGGUGAAGCAAGGCGUGGAAGUGACUUUGAGGACACAGCUGACUGGAUGAGAGCUCACUUACCACCCGCACCAGAUUUCAACACUGAAGAACCUGACCUUGAUGAGGGAAAUGAGUGCCCCAUGGUGCAAGAGAGUCCAUCUAAAGUAAUAAAACCAAACAAUACAGAGACCACAGAAAUUCCAGAGCCGUUUGCAGGUGUUCCUGAUCAGUUUAUGGACAGUCCUAUAAAAAUGGCAGAUGACAACAACCAGUCAAAACAUGAUGAGGACAAGCAAAUGAAACAAGAGAGUGUUGAAGAAGAUUCUGAAUUUGACCUGAAUUUCUUACCUACAGCCUAUAUGUGGGAGAAGCAAGAAAAAGCAGAAACGGGCGAUCAAGGCUAUCAGGGAUUCCCUGACAAUAAAGAGCUUCCAUCCUCUCCUGCUGCUCCUGCAGAUUGUGGAUCUCCAUCACCCAUUAUGUCCCAACAAAUUGAGCCUAGUCCAACACAACAUUCGAAUAUUUCAAAGGGAAGUUUGGAACCUGCUGAGAUCCAAGAGGUAGACAGCUCUGGGGAGUCAGAUGAUACAGUGAUUGAGGAAGCCGUGAGCCUCCCAACAUUGGGAAACAAUGACCUUGACACCAAAACCCCCAAGGAUGAGGAAACCAUUCCAAACAAUGAAAAACAGUCAAUUCAGGUACCAAUUAUUAAUGUAAUUGAAACAGAGGAGCAAGUUUUAAGUGAUGAUGAUGAAGAUCAGCAACUUGAUGUGGAACAAGACAUUAAAGAUAACGAAAAUCGUCAGAUAGUGCAAGAGGAAGGCAAAGGAGCACCAGAGCAAGACCACUCAGAGGUGGAGCAGGUGAAAACUGUAGAAACUGAAGAGCGCAAACCUGAUCAUGAAAUUUCCUCACAGAAAAGUAAUACUGACACUGAAGUUGAUCACUCUCCUAGACACGAAGCUAUUGAAGAGGAUUAUGAGAGUGGAAUUUACCUCCAGUCUUCUCCGGACUCUGGAGGCCUGAAUUUGGAGGACUCUCAAGAGCAAUCAUUUAUGUCUCAGAAUUUAGUGUCUUUUGAACCCCUUAAAGAGUCAUUCCUUGAUAAAGAGCUUGACAAGACCUCUGAAAUACUGUUUGACCUUCCCCCUGAUAUCAGUUCCCCCUCAAAUGAGCCCAGUGAUGUAGAGACUUACCUUGAUCACUAUGCCAGUGAAGAGCUUGCUUUAAAAGACCAGUUGAAUUCUUCUUGUUUUAAGGAGAAUAAAGUUGAGAAAACUGAGCUUCCGAAGUCAGUCUGCCUUCCAGGUAAUAAAAACAUCUGUACACUCGCUCAGGAAUCCUUUGAAAACGUUACAGAUGAUAUCAAUGAGACACUCAAUGAAUUCAGUCUAGAUUAUGAAUCUGUGCCCGAGCCCUUCCUAACUGACCCUUCAUCUGAUUAUCCUGAUGAUAUUGAGACUAUUCUCCCUCAAAACGAAAUGCCAAGUUUUGAUUCUGAAGAUCUGAAAUCAGAAAUCAAGACUUCUACCCUGCAGAACCAGGAGUUACCAGUCCAGUCCACUGACCAAACGCCCCCAGUUCAAGAAAACCCACCUGCACCAUUCCCCUCUUUCCACAAUGAGCAGUCUAGCAAAAUCAGUGAUGUUAUUACUGUCUCUGUUGCAAAUAAGGAUGCUGAGUUACCAGUAAUAACCAAGUCUGAACCUCAAGUUAUGACGCCCAAAGACCUUUUAGAUAGACCGGAUUCGCCAGACGCAAUGAGUGAUACAGAGACACUUGAAGCAGAAUGUUCUGUAACGGCAUCGACCGACAGCUUUAUGGAGUUCAUGAGAGAGUGUCUAAAGUCCCGGCAGGAUGAGGAACCCGAGACCCUCAGUCCCGGACACAAAACUAUAGAUCAGAAUCCCAAAUCAGCUGAAAACCAAUCAUCCCCAGCAAUGAUCAUGGAUUUGGAGCAAGAGCGCCUCACAAUUUCUGCUUUGAAAGAGCUCGGAAGCAGCCAAGAAGAGGAAGAUGAGAAUAUUAUAACAAUGAAGACUGUUCCAAAGCUUGAAAAAGCUCCACUUCCUACACCUAAUCCUGCGUCUUCAGUCACCUCAUCUUCUCACACUCUUCCAAACGAGUAUCAACCUGAUUCCUUACUUCCCAAAGAGGUAGAGGCAAUCGACAUUUGGGUAGCAGAGGCCUACCACCUUGCAGAGCAUGUCUUGACAGCAAUACUAACCCACCUUACAGUGAAUGACCUGGUGCACUGGCGGGACCCUAAGAAGUCAGGCGUGGUGUUUGGCGUGUCGCUGCUGUUGCUGCUUUCUCUGGCAGCGUUUAGCGUGAUCAGCGUGGUCUCCUACCUGCUCUUGUCCCUGCUCUGCGUCACCAUUUCUUUCCGUAUCUACAAGUCUGUCAUCCAGGCGGUCCAGAAGUCCAAUGAAGGACACCCCUUCAAGGCUCUGAUGGACAAAGAUGUCACGGUGCCACCCGAGACUUUCCGCAAGCACGUGGAUGGGUGUCUGAGCCAUGUCAACCGCGCGCUCAAGCAGAUGAGCCGCCUCUUCCUGGUGGAGGAUCUGGUGGAUUCCCUCAAGCUGGCAGUUGUUAUGUGGCUGCUGACGUAUGUUGGUGCUGUUUUCAAUGGCAUCACCAUCCUCAUCCUCGCCGACAUCCUGCUCUUCAGUGUACCGCCCAUCUAUGAGAAAAACAAGACCCAGAUUGACCAUUACAUAGACAUCGCACGCACUCAAUUCAACACUACAGUCGCGAAGCUACAAGAGAAGCUCCCCGGAGCCAUGAAGCGCUGUAAAGCAGAAUGAUCCUCAAGUCCCUCGAUACCAUGUUUACCAUCCUUCAAAACGUUAGCCGCCUCCCUUAACUCUAAGCCCCACCUCCAUUAAUCUAAACCCCGCCCAUUCCCUCCCCUCCCCCUUUAACCUCACACCUUAAAAGAACCAUCUGCACUGAACCAGCUAGUAUGUAAAAUCUACAACAGCUUCUUGAUAUUCAAUGUUAACUCUGCAGCUUAUUAAUAAUGAGCAUUAGGAAAAAGAAGCUCGGGGCUCCAGAAGCUGGUGUUUUUUUGUUUUGUUUUUCGACACAGGAAGUGAUGUAACGCUACUGGACGCCCAUUUUUGAUGGCCAGUGUGUAUGGAAGGGCUUGUGAACUAGACUGAACCUGGUUUUUGGGUGGUGCAGGAGAUGUGAAUAAAGACAGGUGUUUGACCACGACGCAAAUGUCUGUACUUUUAAGAAGAAAAGCUUUCACUAAGGUAAAAUAAAUCAAUAUAAAUAAUUA